UCGUGUGUUUUAAAAUAAAUUAAUUAAAUUUGUGAUAGAAAAACCCUAAAACAUACACAAAUGAGACGAAAUUCCUGUAUUUAUUCUGUAAAUUUUAUUAUUUAGUCGAUGAAUGAAAUAUCAUUAGCGGAAAUAUGAAUAAUACCACGGAAACAACAUCCAACAGCUUUAAGUUUGCGCCUAUGCCACUUUCGGCAUUGCUUGCUAAUUUAAAACCCUUGCAGCAAGAAGAGGAUACCCCCGACUCUAGUUUUAAUAACGACGAAAGUGACGAUUCGGUGGAAGAGAUCAAUACAAAAUGUUUCGCUACGACGAAAGUAAUCUCAACAUCAACACCUCAAAACGCGAAAAGUAUGAGUAAAGCCGUCUCGGAAAAGAAGAUCCACAGUGAACACAACAAAGAAAAUGUCGAUAGCAACGGGACGUCGAAUCAAACGUACCCGAACAAUCAAUUUCAAAACCCUUUCCAAGGACCACACGUUCAGAAAACUCCAUCAACGUAUCUCAACAGCGAGAGGAAAAGGUACGGACUCGUGUCACACGACAAAUAUUCGAACGUGUCCAGCUACAAGGGGUCGGCGCUCAAAAGGACACCGGAUAUGCAAAAACUGCGUAGUACUCAGAAAACGAAGACAGCAACGCCUAAAAUAAAGUCUGGCAUACGCAAAUUCACACCCGGGUCGUCGACGCGCAAAAGUCAGAAGAAGACGCCGCUACAGACUAUAAUUCAGAAUAGGGAUAAAGUGAGGUGUGAAUUGUUUAGGCACCCACAAAAUGCGGAUCCUGUGGAUCCUCCACCUGUACCUGUGGCGAUGGCGUCUAAAGCUUCCAUCACACCCUUACUGGCUCCUACGUCAACUCCUGGCCCUGCACCUGCACCGACCCUUACUCCUGCACCCCCACCGCCCCUCACUCCUGCACCCCCACCACCCCUCACUCCUGCACCAGCCCCUGUAGCUGCAACUCCAGCUAUCCCGGUCUCAGUUCCAGCAUCUCAGCCUGUUCCAGCUACUCCUUUGAAUAAAAAACCUAUACCAACUUCAUAUGCAGCAACUCCAUCCUAUCCACAAGGUGCCGUUGGAAACAACUCUAAAAUAUUGUUCAAAACUACAAGCAUCAAGGACAGAAAAUACAUGUUCAUCAAAAAGUUGGGCACAGGUGGCUCCAGUGAAGUUUACAAGGUGCUAGAGGUGGGAACAUCAAAUGAAUAUGCAGUGAAAUGUGUUUACUUGGCUACCGACCAGGAGUUGGCGCAGGGGUACAUCAAUGAAGUGAGGUUGCUGCGGUCCCUGCAGAACUCAGACAGAGUUGUUAAACUUUAUGAUUAUGAGUAUGAUCGUACAAAUCAAAUACUAAGAUUGGUGCUGGAAGUUGGAGAAACCGACCUGUCGUCAAUACUGAAGGCUCGUGCUGGUGAUCUCCCUCCAGCGCUGGUGCUGCAUUACUGGGAGGAGAUGCUACAUGCUGUAAACUACAUACAUGACCAUGGUGUGAUCCAUGCAGAUUUGAAGCCAGCAAACUUUUUGCUUGUGUGUGGUAGACUGAAAUUGAUAGACUUUGGUAUAGCCUCCGCUAUCAGUAGUGAUGCUACAAGUGUGGUGCGAUCUCAGGCAGCAGGGACAUACUCCUACAUAAGCCCUGAAGCUUUAACAGGUGGAGCGGGAGGCUACGGAGGCAGUGCAUCAAUCAAGAUUUCAUUUAGAUCAGACGUAUGGUCCCUUGGAUGUAUUUUGUAUAGCAUGGUCUACGGGCGGACUCCUUUUGGUCACAUACCAAACUUAACAAAAUUGGCUGUAAUCGUGAACCCGAAUCAUCGCAUCGAAUUUCCUGCAGUUGAACACCUGCCGCAGUCUCUGAUAUCGUCGCUCAAGUGGUGUUUGACGUACAACGCGCGGGCGCGGCCGUUUGUGCGAGACCUGCUAGCCGUGAAACACCUACAGCUCGGCGCCUGUACGUGCCAGCAGCGGACCCCCGCGCCAGCGCCCAGCUGGCCAUACUACAGCAUUAGCACAGGACAUGAAACUGGCUUAAACUGCCACAAUAACAACACCGACCACUAAUGUCUAAAAUGGACAGGCUACUAUAGAAAAUCCUUCAAGCUGUCCUUCAGUAGGUUGAUAGACCCUCCAAUUAUUAACCUAUUAAUAUUUAUUUCUACGUAAUCAAAAUAUUAAGCUGAACUAGUUAAACUUAUUUGAAUCACGUAAAAAUCCAUUUUUGGACAACCAUUAUAUUUUGUAUAGAACAAAAUUGUUAGGGGGAUA